CAUUCAUUGUGAUUCGUUAUAUGAUCCAUGGCUAUUUAUGAUAAAUGUAUUAAGCGAAUACGUAUAUUGUACGAAUUAAGAGUAUGACAUAGCUGGAAUUUGGUUUUCAUUGUUCACGAUGACCGAAAAAAGUGAAAAUAUUGACAUCGGUUUAAAAACAGACAAUGAUGGAAAAUCAUACGUCAGAGAGAAAUGGGCCCAUAAAAUAGAAUUCGUCUUGUCAGGAAUAGGGUUCGCUGUGGGGCUCGGAAAUGUUUGGAGGUUUCCAUACUUAUGCUACAAAAAUGGCGGCGGAGCAUUUCUGAUACCAUUUUUCGUAUGCUUGGUUACCGGUGGUAUACCUAUUUUUUUGCUAGAAAUUGGUCUCGGUCAGUUGACCAGCGAAGGAGGUAUUACAGCUUGGAAUAUCUGUCCUGUAUUUAAAGGAAUUGGUUAUGCAACAACUAUAGUUUGUUUUUUACUCAAUGUGUACUACAUUGUAAUACUCGCGUGGGCUGGUCAUUAUUUUUAUAACUCUUUCAACUCGGUGUUACCUUGGAGCACCUGUGACAAUUGGUGGAAUACGAAAAAUUGCUUUGUACCGAAGAUUCAGCUGAGAGAGAGUUUUGUAGCAGGAAAUAGUUCUAUAAGAAGAGUCGACUCUGUUGUUGAGUAUUGGGAGAGACGAGUAUUAAGAAUCAGCAGCGGAGUCGACGAACCAGGUGGUUUACAAUGGGAAUUAGCGUUAUCGCUCUUGAUAGUAUGGAUUUUAAUCUACUUCUGUGUCUGGAAAGGUAUAAAGACAUCUGGAAAAGUUGUUUAUUUUACAGCUGUUUUUCCUUACGUAAUGCUGACGGUGCUGUUUUUCCGAGGUAUCACUUUGGACGGUGCAUUGGACGGUAUAAAAUUCUACCUGAAACCCGAUUUCAGUAAAAUAACAGAACCACAGGUUUGGAUUGACGCCGGAACUCAGAUAUUUUUCUCGUACGCGAUCGCUCUAGGAUGCAUGAUUGCUCUCGGAUCGUACAAUAAAUUCAAUAAUAAUUUCGUCAAGGACUGUUUCAUCAUCGCAGCAACCAACACGAGCACCAGUUUAUACGCCGGAUUCGCCAUAUUCAGUGUACUGGGUUACAUGGCUAAAGAACAAGGAGUACCUAUCGCUCAAGUCGCAGAAUCUGGUCCUGGACUAGUGUUCAUAGCAUAUCCAAAAGCUGUCACUCAAAUGCCAUGGUCUCCGGUGUGGUCGAUGUCAUUCUUCAUGAUGAUCUUGCUGAUUGGCGUCGAUUCGCAGUUCGUUGGCGUUGAAGGGUUUAUCACAGCUGUCGUCGAUAUUUUUCCCAAUUAUUUUAGAGUUGGAAAAAGAAAAGAGAAGUUCAUCGCUUACGUGUGUUUCUUCAGUUACUUGAUAGGACUAUUGAUGGUCACAGAAGGUGGAAUGUACGUUUUCCAAAUAUUCGACUUUUAUGCUGCCAGUGGUAUGGUUUUACUUUGUAUUUGUUUCUUCGAAUCUAUCUGCAUUGCUUACUUCUACGGUGUUGAUAAAUUUUAUGACGAUAUCACAAGAAUGGUAGGAUAUCGUUUGAUGCCAUGGUUCAAAUACUGCUGGAUGUAUUUCACACCAGUUAUCACUUUGGGAAUUAUGAUGUUCUCAAUUUCAUCGUCGUUAACUUUAACUUAUAAUCGAGUUUACCGAUAUCCCAACUGGGCUAUGGCUAUUGGAUGGACGAUGGCUUUGAUACCCAUUAUCUGUAUACCCAUUUAUUUCGUUUAUUAUUUAUUCACGAGACCCGGAAAUAAUAUAAAUGAGAAAUGGAAGAAAGCAACGGAGUCUCUGAUACCAGAAAAACACAACGAUGUCCCAAUCUCUUGACGAUAGAAGAAUAAUUUGCGAUAUUUAACUAUAAGUAGCUCGAACUUUUUAAUACUUUUGUAUUUCAAAACAAUGGUAACGUUUUAAAAAUGAAAAAUAAAGGUUAAAAAUCAUCGUU